CACUCCUGCUCGGUAUGUGUUACUGUUUAGGUCUGAGCCAGUUUUUUAGGGUAUAGUUGAGUGAACAUGGCGUUCCUGGACGCACUUCUUCAUGUUUCCAGCACAGGAACAUUAAUCUGCUUUUUGCUGCUGCUCCUGGUUGCUUAUCUCCUGUUCUUAAGAUCUCAAAGUGACGAAAAUGAACCUCCAGGGCCAAAACCGUUGCCACUGUUGGGAAAUCUACUCAUGCUGGAUGUCAACAAACCACAUUUGAGCCUGUGUGAGAUGGCAAAGCAGUUCGGCCCAGUUUUUAAAGUCUACUUUGGUCCGAAGAAAGUGGUUGUGCUUGCCGGCUACAAAGCAGUGAAGCAAGCGCUUGUUAAUUAUGCAGAAGCAUUUGGAGACAGAGAAAUCAUGCCACUUUUCCAUGAUUUCACCAAAGGUCAUGGAAUAAUAUUUGCCAAUGGAGAGAGCUGGAGAGAGAUGAGACGGUUUGCUCUCACCAAUUUACGAGACUUUGGGAUGGGAAAGAAAAAAAUUGAGGAGAAAAUCAUCGAGGAAACAUGCCAUUUACGAGAGGAGUUUGAGAAGUUUGAAGGAAAGCCUUUUGAAACCGCACAACUCAUGAACUAUGCAGCUUCAAGUGUCAUCUCCUCCAUUGUGUAUGGCCGCAGAUUCGAGUAUACAGAUCCUCAGCUACGGACCAUGGUGGAUCGAGCUAAUGAGAGCGUCAGACUGAGUGGAUCAGCAUCAGUACAGCUCUACAACAUGUUCCCUUUCUUGGGCCCGUUGCUCAAAAACUGGAGACAGCUCAUGAAAAACCUACAUCUUGAUAUUGAAGAGAUUUCAGAGCUGGUGAACGGUUUACAUCAAACAUUAAACCAUCAGGACCUCAGAGGAUUUGUUGAUUCGUUUCUUGUCAGGAAGCAGUAUGCAGAGGAUUCUGGAGAGAAGGAUUCACAUUUCCAUGAACAGAACCUCAUUUACACAGUAGGAAAUCUGUUUGUCGCUGGUACGGACACUACUAGCACAACACUGCGCUGGAGUCUGCUGCUGAUGGCCAAAUAUCCACACAUACAGGAUCGAGUUCAGGAGGAGAUUGACCAGGUAAUCGGUGGCCGACAACCGGUUUCAGAAGACAGGAAGAACUUACCAUAUACAGAUGCUGUUAUCCAUGAAACCCAACGACUGGCCAACAUAGUACCCAUGAGCAUCCCUCAUAUGACCAGCUCUGACAUUACCUUCAAUGGAUACUUCAUCAAGAAGGGUACUUGUAUAUUUCCUCUACUAACCUCUGUACUGUGGGAUGAGGAUGAAUGGGAAACACCCCACAUCUUUAACCCCAAUCACUUUCUGGAUGAGCAGGGUCGAUUUGUGAAAAGAGACGCAUUCAUGCCCUUCUCUGCAGGGCGCAGGAUUUGUCUUGGAGAGAGUUUGGCCAGGAUGGAGCUCUUCCUCUUCUUUACAUCUCUCCUUCAGUAUUUCCGCUUCACUCCUCCUCCUGGAGUGUCUGAAGAUGAGCUGGAACUCACACCAGCCGUAGGCUUUACACUGAACCCGAUCGCACAUAAACUGUGUGCAGUUAAGCGGUUGUGAAGUCUGUUACAGUAAAGUUGUUCUCAUGUGUUCAAACAAAAGUCACUUGUAUUUGUCACAAAAUAGUAUGAAAGCAUGAUAUAGAAAUUAAUCUCAUCUAUUUUGUUAAUGCAUGUUAUUUUAAAUGAUUCAGCUGGAAGCAACAACUGAUGCAUUGUUCCAAGUCUCCUUCCAAGUAUAUGAAUGAAGAUUUUUUUUUUUGUUUUUUUUUAAGCGUUCUUUAUUACAUUUUUGCCUAAAUGUAGAUUUGUGUUACAGAGGAUAAAUAUUAAAUGCUUUGACCAAUAAUUUAAACAA